CCUCCUCGGGCUUCCCUCCGCUCUUUCGAAAAAGUCUCCGGACGCAUCCAAGGAAGUGGCGGGACGGGGUGCCUCUGGAUGCCGCACUCCGGGCCGGGCGCCUCCCAGCCAGCCGCCAUGCCCGACGCGCCGAGGCAGCUUCCUGGCGAGGCGGCGCGGAAACCCGGCAGCGGCUCGCCUGACCGCCUGGGCGCCGCCUACUUCGACCAGCCCUGCAUCCGUCUGGCCAAGGCCCUGCUCGGACAGAUUCUGGUUCGGAAACUGGCCGACGGGCGGGAGCUGCGGGGACGGAUCGUUGAAACAGAAGCCUAUUUGGGAGGGGAGGACACCGCUUCGCACUCCAGGGGGGGUCGACGAACCGCAAGGAACACAGCCAUGUUCAUGCGACCAGGCACGCUGUACGUGUACCAGAUCUACGGGAUCUACUUCUGCAUGAAUGUCUCCAGCCAAGGUGAAGGUGCUGCAGUCCUCCUGCGCUCCCUGGAGCCCCUGCAGGGGCUGGAGGCCAUGCGAGAGCUGCGCCUGGCCCGGCAGCAGAAAGCUCCUGCACGCCCUCUCAAGGACUGGAUGCUGUGCAAUGGGCCCUCCAAACUCUGCCAGGCCCUGGCCAUUGAUCGGAGGUUUGACCAGCAGGACCUGGGCUGCAACUCUUCCGUAUGGCUGGAGCCUGGCCUGGAAGCCUCCAGAGACCAAGUCCCCAUCUGCGCCCCCCGCGUUGGCAUCAGUGGGGAGUGGGCCCAGAAGCCUUUGCGCUUCUACCUCCAUGGCAACAAGUGUGUGAGCGUCACUGACAAAAAUGCUGAGGGGAAGCUGGCACCUGGCGCCCUCAGAGAGAAAUGUGUUUAGCUUGCAACCUGAAGCGGGCAUGAAUACUGAUGCCAAUAGAUUUAUUUAUGUAAAUAAACAUGUUUUGUUCUCUU